AUGGCUCGUGGACUGCAGAUAAGAGAUGAAGAAAGUGGCUAUAACAAAAAUCUAUUUUGCAUUCCUAAGCAUUACGAAGAAGAUUUAGAAAGAGUCUUCAUUCCUCAUGGACUCAUCCUGGACAGGACAGAACGUUUGGCUAGAGAUAUCAUGCAAGAUAUGGGAAGCCAUCACAUUGUUGCUCUCUGUGUCCUUAAAGGAGGCUAUAAGUUCUUUGCUGAUUUGCUGGACCGUAUAAAAGCACUGAAUCAAAAUGGUGAUAAAUCUGUGCCUAUUACUGUGGAUUUUGUUAGAAUAAAAAGCUACUGUAAUGAUUCACCUACAGAAGAAAUCAGUAUUGUUGGUGAGGAACUGUCUACGCUAAGUGGGAAGAAUGUGUUAGUAGUAGAGGACAUUAUUGAGACUGGUAGAACAAUGAAAGCGCUACUUUCAAAACUAAAAGACAACGAACCAAAGAUGGUAAAAGUUGUAAGCCUGCUCAUUAAAAGGACACAUCAAAGUCCAGGUUACAGACCAGACUAUAUAGGUUUUGAAAUUCCAGAUAAAUUUGUUGUUGGAUAUGCUCUUGAUUAUAAUGAAUACUUCAGAGAUCUAAAUCACAUCUGCAUUCUGAAAGAGAAAGCCAAAGAGAAAUAUAGGAUCUGA